AUGAGGGUGGCGGUGGUGGGCGGCGGGAUAAGCGGACUGGGCGCGGCCACCGUGGUCGCGAAAGCGGCGGCGGCGGCGGAGGUGGUUGUGUACGAGAAGGAAGAGUGGCUGGGAGGACAUGCCAAAACUGUCAAUUUCGAUGGCGUGGAUUUGGACCUUGGCUUCAUGGUUUUCAACCGAGUGACAUACCCAAACAUGAUGGAGAUGUUUGAGAGCCUUGGAGUUGACAUGGAGUUAUCAGACAUGUCCUUCUCAGUUAGCCUGGACCAAGGCAAAGGCUGUGAAUGGGGCAGCCGAAACGGCCUCUCGGGAUUGUUCUCACAGAAGAAGAAUGCUGUCAAUCCAUACUUCUGGCAAAUGAUUCGAGACAUCGUCAGAUUCAAAGACGAUGUUCUUAGUUACAUCGAGCAGCUCGAGGACAACCCAUACGAGGAUCGUAGCGAGACAUUGGGUCAGUUCAUCCACUCCCGGGGUUACUCUGAGAUGUUUCAGAAGGCUUAUCUUGUUCCAAUGUGUGGCUCAAUAUGGUCUUGCCCCUCGGAAGGAGUAUUGAAUUUCUCAGCUUACUCAGUGCUCUCUUUUUGCCGUAAUCACCAUCUGCUUCAGCUCUUUGGCAGGCCACAGUGGCUCACUGUUAAAAGGAGGUCACAUUCCUAUGUCAACAAGGUCAGGGAGCAGCUGGAACAACAUGGUUGCCAAAUAAGGACUAGUUCAGAGGUGGUGUCUAUUUCCACUACUAAUGAGGGUUGCACAGUAGUGUGUAAAGAUGGUUCUCGAGAGCUGUUCGAUAGGUGCAUAGUGGCUGUUCAUGCUCCUGAUGCACUGAAGAUACUUGGGGAGCAAGUAACAUCGGACGAGGCUCGAGUUCUCGGCGCUUUCCAGUACAUGUCAAGUGAUAUCUACCUUCACCGCGACACCAAAUUCAUGCCGAGGAAUCCUGCAGCAUGGAGUGCUUGGAAUUUCUUGGGGAGUACGGACACUGAUGUCUCCCUCACUUACUGGCUCAAUGUCCUUCAGAAUCUUGGUGAAACAAGCCAACCUUUCUUAGUGACACUCAAUCCAUAUAACCCACCUGAACAAACCCUUCUGAAGUGGAGAACCAGCCAUCCAGUCCCUUCGGUUGCUGCUUCAAAAGCUGCACUUGAGCUUACCAAUAUUCAAGGCAGGAGAGGGAUCUGGUUUUGUGGAGCAUACUUGGGUUACGGCUUCCAUGAAGAUGGGUUGAAGGUAGUUCUAGCUUUCCUUCUUUGUUUUUUUCCCCCUAUCCCUGCUCAUGAAUGA